UUUCAGAGCAGAAACCAGCUGCAUUUCCUUGAGAAUAUGAGCUGUGUUGUUCCCAUGAGGGGGAUUCUGAAUGACAAAGUGGGCUCCAGCAAAGACGUGAAUUCGAGCUCUGUGACGGAGGAGAUCCAACAUGAAGACCACGACCGGCAGACCAACAAGGAGCCCCCCUCAUUUCUACUUCCUCUCCCUCGUCUUCUUCCAUCUUUACCUUCACCAGUCUCCCCACCGUCAGAUCAGGCCUAUCUGCAGGCAUCGGCCAUUUUCCAGCAGCUGCGUGAGGAGAAGCCAGUCGCACUUCAACUUCUGCAUUAUGGGAAGAAAACGGACACGCCACUACCAGAGAGUGGAGACAAAACCACACAGAGACGGGCCUACCAACUCGCCUUCAACACACUCAAAUACCAAGAUUUACUCGAGGACAUCAUCAUUGACAGCUGUUUCCACACCUCUCAGCAUAUUUCCGCUGACUUGUUGCCGUUGGCGAUGGUGAUGUUGUUUGACCUCCAGGACCGAAGGUUUUUGUUGCGUGAACGUUCAACAAAGGAAGGAGAGGAGCCUCUACAGGAAGUCAGGGACCUGGAGACUAGUCUGCACAGGUGUAAGACGAAGCUGGCAGCAUCUUUAGCUCGCUGUAGAGUGAAACAGAAUCUGCAGAGUGUCUCCUGUUUUCUGUCUGAUUCUGUCAAGACCAAACAGCACCGAGCAAAACGUCUGCCACUUUACGCAUGGGUCAAUACACUCAAGACCAGUGUUGAGGAAGUGCGUGAAGCAUUGCAAAGCGCUGACUUGCAUGAAGUGAAGAACAUGACUGACCUCAAGGAUUCAACGUUCUGCAGAGACUCUCUCUGUCCAGACACACUUGUCUUCCCCCAACAGCUUCAUGCGCUGCUCCAACACUGCAGCCUCACCACCACACAUGUACUGAACAUACAGGACAGGAGUGUGUGUGUGGCAGUGAGUGUGUUACGCCCCCUGCUGUUUGAUAACGGUGACGUCCUGGUGGUGGGGUCUUUCUCAGGUGUGACUGUGGCUCACAUAGCUGCGGUGGCUGCUGCCCGCUCGGGCCGAGUGUUGGUGUGUGGUGCUGAUCACACAUCUUUACAGGUAGAAGAGAUUCAGGAACUACUCAAAGAAAUGGACAUCAAGAAUGUUCGAGUCCUGUCAGAAGCAUUCAGCAGUCUGAAUGAGUGGGACGCCACCGUCCAGCGCUUAAAGGUUAUCAUAGUGCUGCCUCAGUGUUCGUCCUCUGCCCUCAACGACCCGGUGCCCACCAUCCACAGUGAACAUGGAGACUGGGAUCUAUUACCAGACUUGUCUCAUGGUUCUGUUUCCCAGCGCAAAAUAUACACAAUGGCGACCCAGCAGGCACGACUAUUAGCACACUCUCUGACCUUCCCAAAGGUUCAGACAGUGGUCUACUGCACACGCUCAGUGUAUCCUGAGGAAAAUGAGCAGCUGGUGAAAAGAGUGUUAGAAAAAACACAGACUCACCCCAAACUGCUGCCCUUCAGGGUGAACGGUCCGAUUUUCCCUGAUGACUCCCAGUCAGGAGACGCAGCAGACUCCAAAUUCUUCAGGCUCGAGCCAUCUCAGUUCACCAACGGCUGCUUUAUAGCCAGACUGUCCCGACAGGCGGAUCCCACUAAGGUAGAAACAGUCCAGGACGUGUUGGCAAGGGCAGCAGCAAAGGGCCUCCUGGGUGGAAUAAUUCCUGAACAGUCAAAAACUGGUAAAAGGGGGAAAGGCAGGAAGAAUCGUGUAGCUUCAGCCACCAGCAAACCCUCAUCCCCCUCCGGCCAAGAGACACAGACAGAAAGAGGUAAAGGAGACUUCAAGGGUAGUGAAGAGGAAGAGGAGUAUAAGAAGGAGGAAGAUGAGGGGGGAGAGGAAGAAAAGAAGGGGAGAGGGCUUAAAGGGCGCAAGCGAAAGCUCAAGCUACGACCAAAACAAAUCAGCAGGGCUCCUGCAGUCUCCAAGCAUCACCCUAAAACCCACAAGAAGAAACCAACGAAGAGAAAAAUCAACCAAUCACAUCACAAGAAGCGUCUGACAAAAAGUAAUCCAAGACGAAUACCUCGUCUCACACUGACGUUAAUGUCCUCUGCAAAACCAUCCAACCACUUGUCUCCAAUCACAGCCCUUGCGCACAAGCUAAGUGACAAUCCAGUGGUCAAAUCACAGCAGACUGUCCUUGGCGCCGCUCCCCCUGCUGGAAAACAUCUCUCACCUGCUCGUCCUGCUCCACCUACUCCCCCCGCAGCCUCCAAGCAGGUGCAGAGACGAAACACACAGCCUGACAGUGCAGUGAAGACACUGAAGGAUGCAGCUAAACCAGCGAGCCCACACAAGGCCGGGAAAAUGAUGGUCAGACCAGAGGAAGUGUUGAAGGCCGUAGAUUCUGGCCUUCCACCCAUUUCCUCCCGGUCCUCUAGUUCUCUACGCAGCAGGACCGGCAGUUCUCUCUCCCAGCCUCUGUCCCAGACCUCCGACUCUCAGCGCUCCAACAUGUCUGCAUCCUCAUCCCGAAUCUCUCUGCCUGGAUUAUAA